GUCCUUCCUACAUCGUCGGCAUCUUCGGCGGGGCUGGAACAUUGUAAGUUUACCUUUUACCUCAUCAGCACACUGAUUGCCCCCUGGCAACCAUCGUGACGGAUGCUAUAGGCGAUUCUACCAAGUCCAUGGAAACACCUUAUCGUACACACAGGCAGGGAAGAGCCGUUUGGGCGUGGGGACAAGGUACAAGGAUACCAGCAGGAGGAUACCAGCAGGACGAGCCGGCAGUUCCCUUGAAGACUGGCCAAGACUUGAUCUGAAGCUUCUGGGAGGGGCCUUUAGUCUCAGCUUUGACCCUUUUGUUGCCUUUGACCGAAACCCGCCUUUUGGUGUGCCACCCCCUUUGACCUUACGCAUGUGGCCACUAUCCAUUCACAUAUAUGGGUCUUCCACUUUUCGCCAUCUGCAUCACCUCAAGAUUGCCCCCCCUCCCACCCCCCCCCCCCCCAAUCCCCUCCUCCUCCUCCUCUAUCCGACACAAUGCUUCGAUUCGUCUACGAUUUUCUAGACGCCCAACCAUUUUGGACGUCCCCAACUUCACUGCUGCCGCAGCUUGCGGAAAAGAUCCUCGAGGAAGCUUGGUGGUCCGACCCAGAUGAGGAAUUUGUAGGACGCUGGAUAUUCUACAAGACCGCUCUCUUGGUUUGCAAAGAUUGGUAUAUCAUCAUGAACGAGACAGUGCUGAAGAACAUUGUGAUUGUCACACUGGAGGACUUCGAACACUAUCGUCGACUCAUACAACAAGUUACCAAGCGUCAUCUCGGCAUCGUUCCUCUCUUUUCAAAGGCGAGAAUUCGUGUGUAUUGGAAGAACCUAGUUUUCGUUUCCGGAUUUCUCCCCGAUUGUGGGUCGGCCGAUCUGGUCUUUACAUCGCCGCUGCCCCGCGCAGUAUUCGAAGAGAACCGACUCCUGCGAUGCCUGUCGGUGUUCCGUUCUCUGGAGUCAGUGUCCUUCCUCUGGAAUUCCGGCGACUACAUGAUCGAGAGACAGCAUCAUGCGUUGCGACGCCGAUAUCCUACAGAAGAACUGAUACAUUUCAAAAAUAAUCUCCCUCCCCUUGACAAGCUGGUUUAUUUGGACUUUAGUAACCUCAGACCAGCUGACCGUAUGAGUGGCGGUAUGACGACAGUAUGUCGUCUGGCAUAUCUGCUGAAGGUGCACUUCCAGAGCGUCACCCACAUGUCCUUUUGCCAACCCGAACCUCUCGUUCACUUUCAUAAUAUAUUUCCCAAGCUCCACACUCUGACCAUAUGCCUGCUUCCUCAUCAACAUUGGAAUCGUAACGCCGGCGUCCCGACAUCAGAUCUGAUUCAAUGGGCAAUCGAGCCCGCCUUGGCAGCCGGGUUAUUCAGGGUUGCACAGGGAGUUCAGAGGCGAAUGAUUAUUCGGACCGGAAUCAAGACGCCGCGAAGUUAUGAAGAAAUAGCAAAGAAAUGUGAGGCGUUGGGGAUUGUUAUGGAGCGGGAGAUUGUUCCGGGCUUUUAACAUUCUAGUUGUAAAUUUUCAACUACCACGUCUAGCCUUCAUUAUUGACGUAUUGCAUUUUGUUUCAUGAU